UAUUUGCCAGUUGAUAAAUGAUUAAUGUCCAAUUGUCCCUUUUUAUUUUAUGAAGAUUAAGGUCCAUUUUUGUACUCGCUUUCUAUGGUUUUCUUAGGUGCAUUAUAUUCUGUUUUCUUGGUUUUUUCUUUUUGGUAUUUGAGGAAAGUACAUUCUGUUUAGUCCCUAAAUUGAAUCUCUAGAAAUCCUGACCUUUUGUCCAAAGGCAGGGACACUGAAGCUGGCAUAGAUUUUCUCCUUACAAGUGGCCUGCAAAAUGAAAGACUGUUUCAAAUACCGAAAAUUUUGCCACAAGGAUGAAUAUGAGGAGAAUAAAAAUAGCCCAUUCAUUAGUUUGUUUUGCAAGAAAAUACAGCUAGUAAACCAAAAUUAAUUUUAAAAAAAUAACUGAAAAAAAAAAUCUCAUGCAAUUCAGAGUAAAAAAGACUCAAAAACUUAGUUUGCAUAAUCUUAAAUUUUUUAGUUUUUUCUGCCUAUUAUUAACCAGCCAAAUGAUGCAAAAAUAGGGUGCAAUCAAAAUCCAAAAAUAUUUCAUGUGAUUAUCUGUUACCAUAACUGCCAAUGAAAAUUUUCAUUCAAAUGGACGGUUCUAGCACACAAUUUUUCUUCAACCCCUUUUGUUGUGUUCUUCCUCCACCCUUCUUCCAUCCUAGGAGUUUUGUUCUCUUCUCUAAUGGGGUGCCAGAAUUCAAAGCUAAGUUCAGAUGCAGCUGCUGUACCUCCAAAAGUUCGUCCUCUCCUUCGUCGUCGUCUUGAUGAAAUGAGAAGGCGGCGUAAGCAUGGAAUCUCCAAGAAAGAGCUAUUGAAUUCUCAUUCUUGCAAAACAAUAUCAUCCGCCGAGGAGAGCGUAGCAUCUGCUACGGCACAGCCUUUUACAAUGAAAAGCCAAGAAUUUCCUAAGCCAGAAUCCAUACCAGAAGAGAACAAAACAUUUCUAGAGGCAGAGGAGGAAACAGAGGAAAGCGUAGAAUCUUCUGUGGCCAAGCCGGUAAUGGAGGAGAAAUCUAACAUGGCUCCAACCAUAGAGUCCGAUGAGGGAAAUGAAGACGAGCCUGAGAAGCAUAAGAGCAAAGGAAAUGAGGAAAAUGUCAAAGAAUGUAAAGAAGUUAUAGAGAAUAUUGACCAAGAGACAAGUGGAAAAGACAGGAAAGAAGAAGAUGAAGAAGAAUGCAAUAAGAACAUUAUCGAGGCUGCAGAGAAGAAGGAAGUGGCGGUGGAGAAGGAAACAACAAAAGAGGUAAACUACGAAGAAGAAGAUGAUGAUGAUGAUGAUGAUGAUGAAGAAACAUCAGAUGAUGAGGGUUCAGAAGCAAAAAUAUGUCCUGGAUCACCAAGCUUUAGAGUAUAUUGCAUCGAGACGUUGCCUAACACACAAGAAAGCGAAACGUUGCCUAACAAACAAGAAAACGACUGCAAAAAAAUCGACAGUCCGAAAGAUAUUGCCAAGCACACGAAAUCAUAUAGUACAGACAGCAGUAUUAAUGGGAGUCCAAAUAAUGAAAAAGCUAAGCAUACGAAAUCGCUGAGUGCAGACAGUGUCCACAGCAUGACAUUAGAAGCUUCUCAUGAUGAGGUCCAGGUUACAAAGACUAAAAAGAAAGAUAAGAAAGUGAAGAAAAUAAGGAGAGCAAUGCGCAAAGGAGGACCAGUUAAGAAUCUAUUCAAGGUUCAAUCAUGCUAUCACUCUUCAAAGGGUUCAAGUCAUGAAAGAGUCACUCUUCUUGCCACAAAAUCUGCAGCUGCUUGAUUAUGCUAGGACUGAAAAGACAUUGUAACUUUUCAAUCUUCUGGCCCUUUUUGGGCUUCUUCCUUCGUCCUUUCUUCCCCAAGAUUCAGGACUCUUAAAAACAUAUUCUUUUGCAAAGAUAGGAAUUAUCAGAUCGAAAAUUGUGUCCCUUUGUUAUGAGCAAGUAGAUUUUCCAUCUGCAAUGCUCUCAUUAAUUAAUAUAGUAUACUUUCGCAAGUUUCAAGUCAACAUUUCUUAUUUUCUUCGUCUUCUAACUCAUAUAAUCUUCACCAUGUAACAAACCAAGGCCAUGGAA